GGUUGUAAAUCAAAUGUAAAUAAAGUUCAGGAGGUAAAUCAAAUUGAUAGUUUAACAAAUGCACAAUACAGCAUGCCAUAGUAUUUCAACUGUUGCCAAUGAUAUAUUUCUGGAUAUUUUUUUUUAUUUUUUUAUUUAAAAGUAAAUUUGCAAAGAAAAGAAAACAAAUACUACAGACAAAAGUAUUGUCCGGGUGUGAUCUCGACUACUAUCUUCUGCAGGAAAAACAUUGGCAUAUGGAAUUCCAGUGGUGCAGUCCUUACAAGUAAUACAAUCUAAAGUGAAGCCAAGACAAACUGAUUUUCUAACCCUACAGUACACUUGAUGAAAUGUUUGUUGAAUGUUCAAUAAUGUUCUUGGCUCACAAUUUUUCUGAUUGUAGAUGCCUAAAAGAAAUGCAUUUAUUUAUUCAUAAUGAUUAGAUAUUGAUUGACCAUGUUUUGUAUUCAGUCCUCCACUGUCACACUGUUAAAGGAAUAGUUCACCCAAAAAUGAAAAUUCUCUCAUUUACUCACCCUCAAGCCAUCCAUGAUGUGUAUGACUUUCUUUCUGCUGCUGAACACAAAUGAAGAUUUUUAGAAUAUCUCUGCUCUGUAGGUCCAUACAAUGCAAGUGAAAGUUGACCAGAACUUUGAAGGUCCAGAAAUCACACAAAGGUAGCAUAAAAGUAAUCCAGACAUCAGUGGUUAAAUCCAUGUUUUCAGAAGCAAAAUGAUAGAUGUGGGUGAAAAACAGAUACAUAUUUAAGUCUUUUUUUUACUGUAAAUUUCCACCUUUAACCAGCUCCAAUUAGUAGGUAGUGAUAUGCACAAAUAAUGUGAUUUGCCAAAAAACAUAAGAAUGUGAAAGUGAAACUGGAGAUUUGUAGUAAAAAAGGACUUAAUAUUGAUCUGUUUCUCCCCCACACCUAUUAUAUUGCUUCUGAAGUCAUGGAAUUAGCCACUGGAGUCAUGUUGAUUACUUUUAUGCUGCCUUUAUAUGCUUUUUGAAGCUUUAAUGUUUUGUUCACCAUUCAGUUGUAUUCUUCUAAAAAUCUUGGUUUGUGUUCUGCAGAAGAAAGUCAUACACAUCUGGAAUGACAUAAGGGUGAGAAAAUGAUGAGAUUUAUUUUUUAGUUUUGGGUGAACUAUUCCAUUAAAGCUCAAAGACAUAAUUCAUUUGUACUGUAUGUAUUUAGCUAGAAAUGAGUUGAAUGUUAAAACUGUCACCAUGCAUGUUUAUUAGUCCGAUUCGACACUGUUAAUGUAGUGUAAGGUUCUAAUGGCUGUUGCAUGUAUAGUUACAGUCAUAUUCAACAUUUUUGAUUGUGAUUUUUGGUUUUAUAAAUAAAAUUCCAUUUGUCUGGUCUCUUUCAGAGAUCAGAUGGGCCUUUGGCUGUAGUGAUUGUUCCAACCUGAGAGCUUGACCUGCAGAGCAUUCAGAUGUUCCAGAAGCUUCUAAAGACUGAGGACGGGCAUUAAUGUUCUAAUCUGGACUCCAGGCAGACUGGUUGAUCACAUCAAGAACACUCAUUAUUGCUUAGCAGUGCUGUGCGCUGGCUCAUUUUGGAUGAAGCAGACAGGUCAGAGAACACGGAUCCUGGACCUGGGCUUUGAGAAUUAUCUGACUGUGAUUCUGAAUGCCCUGAAUGCCACUGGACUUGCCAGACAGAAUGUGCUGCUUUCAGCCACACUCACUGAAGGAUGUGGCUGCACAUGGAUUGGAUCUGCCUCAGGUUACAUGGAUUGUACAGUAUAACCCUCCCAUUACUGCUGUGGAAUACGUUCUUGUGGGCCACACAGCACAGAUUGGAGCCCGGGGCAGCAGCCUGCUUUUCCUCACCCCCUCUAAGACCACCUUUGUGGAUGUUCUGGCCAAUCAUAUCAUCAGCACUGCAGUCAUUCCUGAGAGCAUACACCACCUACCCCUCCAGCCUGAAACACAUCUUCCAUAUUCGCAGCCUGCACCUGGGCCACCAGGGUUUCCGUUAGCUGGCCUCCCAGGAAGCUCACAAUGAAAGAGCCAGGAUCUAACCUUAUGCACUCAGAGUAUGUCAGUGGGAUAGAGGGAGAAUCCAAGUCUAAGAAGAUGAGGAAAAAGAAGAUCAAGAAGAGGAAUCUACUCCUGCAUGAGAAUGAAGUUAUAGAAACUAUACGAGAUGCUGUUUUCAGUCAAGAAGUGCUCAGGUCAGAGCCCUCACGUCUAGAUGGAUUCUCAGGGUUGAAUUCAGGUGUCUUUACACAGAGUGUGACGUUUCUCCCUGUAACAACGCAUUACAGGUCAGCAGCAUUGUCUGAAUAUUUGCUCAAUGCAAAAAAAUCAGUGCAGAUGGUUAAAUAAUAAAAGGCAGAGUGAAAUGUAUUUGUAAUAUUUUAUUGGUCUGAGUUCAUUUUAUUGGUAUGAGUUCCCCAGAAUCACUUUUGACCUGUGAAUUUAUUAUUAUAAAUGUGGUGUCAUAAAUAUAGCCUGUGACCUGUAGUAACUAUUUAAACAGUUAUGAUUUACAUGGAAAAGAUUGGUUUCAUUUAUUGUUGUCUUUUCAUCAAAAUGUUAUGGAAAUGUUGUCACUGUAUUUUACAUAAAAUUAUUAGUAUUCAGUAUUCAAAUACAGUUGUCACUGUAUUUUACAUAAAAUUAUUAGUAUUCAGUAUUUGUUUGUCUGAUUUAAUGUGAUUUUGAACAGAAAUGACUCAAAAAUUAUUUUAGAACCAGUGGUGUACAAAACAUGACCUGCGUUGCAUGUAUUACAGCUGGUUUUAGCAACACAACAUACUUCCAUUGUUUUAUCAAUAAGACCUGUUUAGCUUCAUUUAGCUGGUUUCUUUGGCUUGAAAUUCAGCUAGGUCAGGUAAAUAGGGGAGGAUAACUGUGGAGGCUUACGCUGACCAGCUGUCCAAGUGUUCAGUCUGAUUCGCCCGGUCACCAGCUGCUGUCUUUUGGCCAAAGACUUCGCUUCGAAAGCUAAAACGAAAUUUGACCGGAAUAUUACGUUUCACGGUCGCUUUAUUAGCGUGAAAGCCGCAUGUUUUGUUGCCUGUAGAAUUUCGAUUGGUCUCUUCCAAUGAAACGCCUAUUAUUGUGGGUCAAUUAAACCCAAACAAAAAACCACUUACUCAGAUACGCUCAUUUCGAUUUGUGUAAGCUGUUCUUUACGAAGCUCAUGUGACGUUUUAAAUAUACACAGACCUCACAAGGUUUUGAUUGGCAGUAAUUCGUAUGUUUAUUUUAAUAUAAAAUACCACGCUUAACUCAUGUGGUACGUCUUGUGUAAAUUGAAGAUUGAAAUAAUAAUAAUAAUAAUAAUAUAUAAAUGGAUCGGCCCAUUUAUGCUUUUAUUUCACUGCGCCACAGACUACUGGUAGGCUACUAUGACAGUUCGUUGCAGCUACCCUGUGAAUUAUAACAAUUCUAAUUUAUUUUUGUCGGUAAACUUUUUGCAUCGAGCAUAUUCUGAAGCCAAUUACAGGGAGGCUGUCAAUAAAUUCACAUUUGAUAAUAUUAAAGAAUAAAUAACUAGAAUCGAAUGUGGCAUAAAUUCAGUCUUUAUUUAGACAAUUAUUUUGGCGCAUUUUGAACUGAGUUGUAAAUUAACCACAACACAAUUUCCUCAAAGACUGUUUCAACAUCCGAACAGGUUGCAGUGCCUUGAUCUGUGCAUUAGGAAAACUAGAUGUCAGAUUUUAGUAAUAAUAUCCUAAUAAAAAUAAUGUCCAGCAAUAUAACCACCAUAACGAUCUGACCAGUUGCAUUUGUAAAAACAACGCAUUAUUAUUUUAUUGUUCGUUAUAUUAUUCAAAUGCUUCUUAUCAUUAGGGGCAAAAAUCCCAAAUAAUAAUUGUUCUUGAUUGCCUAUUAUUCGGCUGAAAUUGCUUAGUCUUUUAUUGAUAUCUGUAAUGUUGAUUUUGGUUUGCUUGCUUCAUUUAUUAUUUGUGCAAAUAACCCAAGCCAUUUCUUAGGGGGAAAAGCAUCGUCAUAUUUUUUUAUUUUAUU